UACGCCUUUGAAAUCUGUCCGUCACCGGCAGGUUUCACGCGUGGGUGCAAGUCUGCUUUUAGUCCCUAUGCUAUGUUCCAUAAAUCUAUAUUUUGUAGCCAUAUCUCUAGGCAGUAGCAAGGCUUUGAAUAUAAUAACGUUACUCCGAAAAGCUGUAAGAAGUGGAUCGAUAUUACUUAAUCGUAGCAUCUUCAUACAAUAUCGAUAUAUGUCGAGUGAAGCAAAGAAACUCCGCACCGACAACAUGACUGUUAAAAAAAUAGGUACUCACAACGGCACUUUUCAUUGUGACGAGGUUCUCGCCUGUUUCUUCCUUCGCCAGCUUGCAGAGUACAAGGAUGCUGAAAUAGUUCGUACCCGGGACCCGGCAAAGCUGGCAGAGUGUGAUAUUGUUGUGGAUGUUGGAGGAGAGUUUAAUCCUAAAAUCCAUCGUUAUGAUCACCACCAGAGAACCUUUUCAGAAAGUUUCCAUAGCCUGUGUCCGGAAAAGCCCUGGGUGACCAAGCUGAGCUCAGCUGGCCUGGUUUACCUGCACUUUGGGCGGCAGCUGCUGUCCCAACUGACACAACUGAAGGAGGGUGACCGGCAGCUGGAGGUGCUUUAUGACAAGCUUUAUGAAAAUUUUGUCGAAGAGGUGGAUGCUAUAGACAAUGGCAUUUCUCAGUGUGAGGGAGAGGCCCGCUACAGUGUCUCCACCACGCUGAGCUCACGUGUUGGUUACCUGAACCCACGCUGGAAUAGCAAGAGCCAGGACACUGAGGAAGGCUUCAAGAAAGCUAUGGCCAUGGUGGGAGAAGAGUUCCUGGAUCGUUUGGACUUUUACAAAUCUUCGUGGUUGCCUGCUCGUACUGUUGUGGAGGAGGCUGUUUUGAAUAGACACAAGGUGGACCCCAGUGGUGAGAUUGUUGUGUUCUCUCAGGGUGGAUGUCCGUGGAAGGAACAUUUGUUUGUGCUGGAGAAAGAACUACAGGUGGAGUCGCCAGUCAAGUUUGUCCUGUACCCGGAUCAGAACAGUCAAUGGAGGAUCCAGUGUGUUCCCGCCGGUCUCAACACUUUCCAAAAUAGGUUGUCACUGUUGGAAGAGUGGCGUGGAGUCAGAGAUGAGGCUCUGUCAGAGCUCAGUGGCAUUAAAGAGUGCAUCUUCGUCCAUGCGAGUGGUUUUAUUGGUGGCAACAAGACCCAAGAGGGAGCCUUAGAGAUGGCCCGAAGGACACUGCAAGCCGCUGCCAAGUCUGCAGCUGCAAAUGGAAAAAGUUGAAAGAACUGCCAGCACCACAUCUGGUAUUUGGGGUCAGUCCUUAGUCAUGAUUGGAAGGAUUGUACAUUUGCAUUAUAUGUGCCCUAGCCAGAGUUAAUGUUGUUUUGUUGAGUUGUGCCAAUUUCGGCAGCCAAAAAGGAAAUUUGGACCAUGUCCCCAAGUACUUGUUAUAACAACACUUAAUAACUGAGAUGAUUUUGUAGACGUCUAAAAUUCGAUGCCUUUUUGAAUACUAUAAGCAAUUAAAUGCAUAAUGAAAGUUCUUACAAAUAAACUUUCAUUGCAAACAAA